GCGAUUUUGAUGUUGGUUAUUCUAAUGUGAUGAAUAACUGAUAAGCGAUAUGGAGGGCAAUAUUGAAAUGUUGAAUAAUUCAAUUGUUACAUUAAAUAUUGGUGGGACUAUUUUUAAGUGUUAUGCGAAAACUUUGACGGCGUUUCCAGAUUCAAAAUUAGCUCACUUGAAUUUUCAAUGCGAUUUUUAUGAUAGUAAACAGAAAGAAUACUUUUUCGACCGUGAUCCAGUGCUGUUUUCGUAUAUUCUCGAUUCAUUUCGCAAAGGAGCGAUACACUUACCGAAUGAUGUAUGCGGGACUACUUUCAAAGAGGAACUAGAAUUCUGGGAGAUUUCUCCGCGUUAUGUAGCUCCGUGUUGCUGGGGGGCUUUGUAUCGGAGCGAAGGCGACAAGGCAACCAUGAACGCGCUUAUUCAGCGGUUUCAGCAGAACCCAAACACUCUUUUGAUGCAAGAAAAGAAACUGGGUAUACGAUCAAAACUUUGGCUUUUCUUUGAUGAACCAGUCUCAUCGAGACCAGCUUUGGUGUGGAGUGUCUUUAUAUCAUGUGUCAUCGUUAUGUCGACAGUCGUUGAUUUUCUUUCUACAAUGGAAACAUUCCAAGAAGACGUGUCAGAAGCUCAUUCAAGACUUUUCUCCGAGUUUGCCGAUACCGUAGACUUAGAGAAUACUACUCUGGCAAGAUUUGUAACGAGGAUACCCCAAAAAUUUCCGAUGGUAACAAAUGUGGUAUGCCAUACAAUACUCACCUUGGAGCUUGUAGUGAGUUUUAUAAUCUGCGAGAACAAAAAAGUAUUCGGAACAUGCGUCUUUCGUCAUAUUGCUACCUUUGGUUAUUUGUCAUACUGGAUUUCUUUCACAAUCUGUUCAAAUCUAAUAUAUUUAGAUUCCAUGUACGCUAUAAUUGCUUGUACAAUGUUUAAUUAUUUGUCAAUAUUUAAAUGUGCACGCUUGUUUUACCUUACGAGAAGUGUACCAGCGUUCAGAAUCAUGCGUUUGACAUUUGAGUCGUCCAAACAAGAACUGAAAAUCUUAAUUUUCCUUUUAGGGAUACUUGUUUGCGUAUUUGGCUAUGUUAUGUUUGCCGCUGAGUUUACACAGAAUGCAAAAAUAACAAACGCCUUCAAGGCAGUGUAUUGGGCAUUGAUUACACUGACAACAGUCGGGUAUGGUGAUGUUGUUCCAAACACAGCAGCAGUUCAUGUGAUUGCAGGAGCAUGCGCAGUGUGUGGUGUGCUGGUCCUUGCAUUACCCGUCGGGAUAAUUGUAUCAAAAUUUUACAAGUUCUACGACUAUUAUGACUUAGCAAUGAGGCACAGCGAAACUUUUGUAAAGCCGUUGAUAAGUCAGAAAGCCAAAUAAAUCAACGCAAGUUAAGGAAGUCGCUAGAAAUGAUAUUUUUUGGGUCGGGAAUAUUUGCCUUGCUGGAAGGUUUUGCUUGCAAUAUGAUAUUUUGAAGUUAACACCACCGUCUAGUAAGAAGAGAUUAAGCUGUAUAAAACAUACAUUUGACGACCGAAAUUUUAAUUUGUGAUAAAGCUGAAGGGCGAUUAAAUUUUAGGGUUUCAAUUCGACAUUUUAGAAGAAUUAGUAAAACAAAUAUAUAAGAAUUAUUAAAAUUUCCAACAAAUGGACCCCGGGGUUGUAAGUGGAAUAUAGCCUUAUAAGUGAAGAACUGGGUAGAAUAAACCUUAUGUUAAGUUUUGACAAAGUCUUUGGUUUGUGUACGGGCAAUAGUCUAGUACUACGCCACUGUUAAUUUGUUAAAACAUUUUCGUUUUGCCUUAACGUGUUUUUUCAUGCGUUUGUUUUUUAAUUCUAAAUGUUUAGCUUUGUGCGGUAUGCAAGAGCCUAAGCAAUCGGAAUCUUCACUCGGAGAUCUAGCAGUUCCUAAACGGAGCUGAAUUCGAGCGUCGUUUACACAAUGUGAAAACCUUCUGCUUAUUUUGUUAUCACUAAUCAUAUAACUUCGCUUAGACCAAUGGAAAAGACUUUCAAUACAAAUUUAUAGAUAAUGGCAAAUAGCGUCACAGACAAGUAUCCAUUACAUUAUAGACAUAUUCAACAAAGUCUAUUAACGACUUCAUAAAGAUUCACAAAAUAGACUCAUGCCGCUGUGUUGAGCAUAAAUAGCAAGCUCGAAGAGCAGGCCAGGUUUACGGUAAGUUGAAUGCACUUCCAUAUUGAUGGAUUUGAGUUUAGUUUCGGUUUAGUUUCCAACUAGCAGUACUCACGCCUGGGAUAUAUCUUAUUGGCUAUGGUACCGUCAUCGCUCAAAGAACUUUUACCGGAUGUUAGCAAGGUUCACCUAGCGGAAAGGAGGUAGUCUUUCCACGGAGAAGAAAGAACGAUUGUUCAAAAUAUUUUUCACUUCCGAAGUCCUUCAGGAGAGGUUUCCAGUUAGUUGCGAAAAUUGAUACAUUUUCUUUAAAGGACGAUGGAAUGAGAUGAGAACGCAAGUAAUUUCGAACGCAAGACGGUAUGGUGACGGAUAGAGAGUUUAAUUACCAUAAAAAUACAAAAUUGAGCUGUCUGUUUGGGCGAUGUGAUUCAUCUUUCAAUGACAGAAUAUUAUGGUUUUCUUCCGAUUCUGUUCUGUUUUGUUUCUAAUGAAAUAAAUGUGGAUGUACACGUUCAUCACGGACGUUAGAAAUCAGUACCUGCAUGAUGUGCUGUCGAAAGGCCUUAGCUGAACCUUAUUAGUGACCUAUAAUGAUUGGGCCGGAAAGAUUUCA